AUGAGUAAUUCAAGAAAAAUUGAAUAUUCUGAAGUUUAGAAACACAAUAGCAAAAAUGAUUGCUGGGUCAUCAUUAACGAUUAAAUUUAUGACCUGACUAACUAAAAAAAGUUUCAUCCUGUAGGUGAAUCAUACAUAAACAUCUUUGCAGGAAAGGACGCAACAUGGUUUUUUAACUUAAAUCCUAUUCACUACAAAAGCGAAAUUAGAGAUAUUCUCAAAGGACUGAAAGUAGGAAAUUUAGUAAGAAAAGAAGGGGAAAAUAUUCCUGAUAAUAAAAUGACUAUUAUACCAUUAUUUAUUCUGAUUGUUGUUGCACUUUUUUAUUACUUUUUAUUUUUAUGA